UAUGAAUGAAUUAGGCACUGCUUAUAAUAACAUUGUUUGGUGGUGAUGGGCAGCAAUUGCUACCCAAUUAGUCUGAUUAAGAUAUUUGGUCUUCUGCGAUACAGUUGGCUAUGGCUGCUAACAUCUGUUGCUCCAUCGAAUUGGAGCCCAAGACCUUGAACCAAGGGCAACUUAACCGUGCCAGGGAAGUGGCUGCAGAUGUAGCUCAGAAGAUGGAACCAAAUGAAGGGUCAACCAUAUUCAUUGAGGGAUCGAGACCAUUGGAGGUUGCAGUAAAGGAUGUAGAGCGAUACAUGGAAGAGGGAAAACAACUUCAGAAGGCUGUCGAGUGCGAGGAGAAGGCUCACAAUAUUAUUGAACUACCUUCCCAAUGCUCUUGCACUACUACCACCGUCGAAUCCCCGGACCAAGUGAGGCUCAAGGAACCCCUUUCCGCCCCAUUUUGAAACGGACAUAAAUUUCUUACAAAUUAGCUUAUAAAAAUGACAUGUGUUAUUUAGCAUGUAAAAAGUAUGUUAUUUUAUUUGUUGGUCAAUAUUGUUAUGUAUAAAUUAUAUUUGUAAGCGAGAGUGAUAUCAA